GGAGACUGAGAUCAGAGACCUGAAACAUGAAGAACUGUUUACUGUUCUCGCUGCUAUUGGCAUUAGGCUGCGUGCACAUCCAGGCUGCACCAGUGGACCAGGACGCCAUGGUGAUGGAGUCUUGUGAAGAUGCUCUGGUGAUGGGCGCUGCUCGGGAAGCUCUGACCAAGAUUAACCAGGACCGGCAGGAGGGCUACAUCCUGACCCUUCAUCGCUUAUCCAACGCACACUCCACAAAGCAUGGAGAAACUGGUAUUGUUUUCUAUCUAACUUUGGAUGUUGUUGAGACCAACUGUAGUGUUCUCAGCAAAAAGGACUGGAAGGACUGCGAGGCUCGCCCUCCAGGAGAGACACCCGUAUAUGGACAGUGCAAAGCAGCUAUCUACAUGAACAGGGUGCACAAGGUGGUGCGUCUCUACAAGUACAAAUGUCUUGUUAGACCAGUUCCUGCAUCAAGGGUGAACCGAUUGUGCCCUGACUGUUCAAGUUAUAUCAGUUUUGAUAAUGCUGAGAUUCAGAAAACGGUCUCUGAAUCUCUCGAGAAGUUCAACAUGGAGAGUGGAUUGAGCAAUCAAUUUGCUCUGCUGAAUAUUACCCGAGCAACAGCAGGGAUGGCCAUUGGAAUGUAUUACCAUGUUGAGUACACCAUCCAGGAGACAACCUGCACCAAGAACAACGAAACCGGAACAGACAGCAAGUGUCCUAUCAUGGACUGCGAGUUUGCUCACAAAGGUUUCUGUAAGGCCUCCCACUUCCACACUCCCACAGGUGACAGUCAGAUCAGCGUAGCAUGUGAGAUCUAUGAACCUGAGGCUGGUGAACAAGAGAAGAAACUCCACAUUUUGGGCGGCGUGACUGAUCACAGUCACAAUGACACACACCCGCACAGCCACAGUCACGACGAAGCACAUGCUGCAGACUCGGCCCACACUCAUGAUCACGUCCAUGACCACACCAAGAGUCAUGCUCACCAUGAUAAAAUCGACAAGCAUGCUGAGGACAGUGACCACCACCACACACACGACCAUCAUGAGGGAAGUGCCCACAGGCACGCUCACGCCCACUCCCACGACCAUGGACAUGGACACGAUCAUGUACACACUCACCACGCCAAGGCCCACAAUCAUAGCACUGACUCACCCAACCACCACCAUGACUACCAUCAUGAAGAAGUGGUGCACACCCAUGAGCAUGACCAUGAACUUUCCCUGGACCAUGACCACAAGCACGCUCACUUGCAUGAGCAUGAGCACCACCAUCAUCAUCAUAUGCAUGACCAUGAGACAACAGUCCAUGACAAUCCGGAGGGCAUCGUUAGGGUGUUGCUGGCCAUGGACCAACUGAUGACCCUGCCUUCCUUCCCUGAUGUACCUGCAGGUGAAGUAGGCGUUGUGCUGCCUCUUGUCGCUGAUCCCCAGAUCCCCGGUCAGAUGCAACCAACCAUUAGGUCCUUCCCCGCUUCAGUUUCAUCUCAGUGUGCAUCACCAAAAAAAGGCGAAACCCUGGUGGAGGAACUCUUUGAAGAAGACCCAAUGUUCAAGCCAGCCGCCUAAGAUGGACACA